AACAGUUCUCGAGUUGAAUCAAGUUAAGCGAUCAGAAUAAAGUAAGCAGAGGAGAGAAAGGUGCAAGGCGUGGAGCGCAUUCACGAUCAAAGGCAACUGAAUUGGGAAGUUGCGACCAAGGACGGACCUCGCAGCCUCGAGAACCCCCGCCAAUUGCUGUCACCGUAACCACCGACCAGGCCGCGAGCGCGACCAUCACUCACUUACCCCUCCACCCACAUACCUACCCACGCCUGGACUGCUUGGAGUCCGAUCGAUUGCGCGCUUUCCAAAUGAACACCGCUACGAUCAACCUUUAGUCUCUACCCGUGUUGCGCGCGUCGCGUCAAGCCCCAAGUCCCGGAGCGACACCUCCGAGUCGACCUACUACGUCUGCCGCCCAACACGCCAUGGCAUCAGCUACUCCUGUGGCGCAUCCAUCGCGCUUCACUUUCAAGCGUCCUUCGCCAUCCAUCAAUCCUCACGCGCGUUCCUCCUCUCCCUCCUCUCCAGAAUGGGAGCCUCUAUCUCCUCCGGGCACCAUUGAGCCCACCUUCAACUAUCCACCCUUGGCUCAGUCUACCUCUUGGCCUCAGAACAUCCCCUCGACCGCACUUUAUCAACAGUCGGAACAUUCUGGUGCUCAUCAGCGCUCGCCUUCGACCAUCCAAGCUCUAGCCGAUAUUGCUCUCUCGACGAGUCCGCAGCUUCCGCGGGCAGCUCCACCCGUGCAGCCCUCUGCUGACAACUUUGUUACUCCUGGACCCAUUCGUGGCACCAAACGCGCUCGCUCUGAUGCUGGUCCUGGUCCGCAAGCUCAUCCUCUCUCAACACGACCUUCGUCCAGUCAUCAUCUUUCUCACCCAGGUGUCCACCCUUUGGCUUACAAUACCGACCGCCAACGCCGCCAGUCUACCAAUACCACCAUUGUCACUUCGCUGGAGGAUGCCGAGCUGUUACUGAAUUUCGCAGGUCGCGUAGCUUCUCAACCUUCACCAGCAGAACCACCUGUGCGACACCUUGCUCUUGCGCCUCCACCAAACACCUCCAAUUUCUACACCGCACCGCAGGCGCCUCCACCUCAUGCGUAUCCUUACCCUCCAGGGCCGCCAUAUGCUGCCCGGGCUUUUGCGCCGGCGCCUAUUGCCCCAGUCCUUGCCUCGUCUACGACUUCGGACAACGCGUCAGCCUCCCUACCAUCUCCACAAGGCACGAAUGAAGAUGAAAAGAGCACGGACACAGACAAGGAAGUCAGCCAGAGCACCGAAAGCUUACCGCUCUCUAGAGUGGUAGCUCCAGAUCCUCCAAGGUCGAGGGCGCCACAACAGACACAUACACCACCAGAGGAGGAGCACAGGAUGUCUCAGCAACCUGUAGCACAACCUGUUCCGCCGGCCCAGGAGACGAUUGAGCUGCCUGCCACUUCAGUGGAGCUGCAACAGUCCGCAGAUGCGCCUACGGCGAGACCCCGACGUGGAUGGCCCAAAGGCAAGCCUCGCGGCCCGAGGGCCAAGAAUUCGACCAACUCGAAACCUCGCUCGGCAGCUCGCCGAUCGCGUGCGUCUACUGCGAAAUCUGUCGCCGACAGCGGCGACUCUAGUACCGAAGAGAAGAGACGCAGACGCAAGUCAGACUCGGAUCUGUCGCUGCCAUGCGCGGAGCAACUGCAAUCACACACAGCGGAGUCGCGAGGCGCAACGGUGCCUCCUAGCCUCCGUUAUGAGAUUUUGCAAUCCUCUACCAAACCUGCGCCAGCAAUCCGCAAGCCUUCUAAGGAGACUCAAGAGACAGUAUGCGCUAGCUGCGCUUUGACUCGAGAGUCCACACAUGGCGAGCUGGACCAGUGGAUCAGCUGUAACGGUUGCCAGUUGUGGUUCCACUUUGAUUGUGCUGGCUUCAAGAAUGAACGCGAUGUCAGGGAUGUCAGCAAGUUCUUCUGCAAAGCCUGUGAGCCAAAACAUGGUGCUACAACAUUCGUACGUAAGUCUAGCCGUGCUCAUGCAGCAGUUGACUACGCCGGAUUGAACCAAGGCAUUCUCAAGACCUCCGACGACAAUCCUGAGCAUCAUUACAUUCAACCAAUCAAAGACGGCUCCUUUACCUUCGAUCAGGAGAUGUUUCCUCGUAUGCGUCCCGAGCUGGUCACCCGCGAGUUCUUCGAAACAUGCUCCUCCUUCUCCGAGCCUGUCGUUAUACCUGCUGAGUACAACCCUAAACUUUCUCGCCGAAAUCCUGUUACAACUCAAGAUGCCGAGGAAGGUACAAGCGCAUGCGCAUUCACUGGUACAGACGAAGAGGAAGCCUUGCUGAAGGACUUUGAAUAUGAGACUGUACCUGAUGAUGGGCAAGACCGCCUUGACAUGGUUGUACCCCGCGAUUUGACAGUUAGACAUGUCGCUGAGCUCGUCGGCCCUCACGAGCCUCUCGAGGUCAUUGAUGUGAAGACUCAAGGUACCGAGGGCAAAUGGAACCUCUCAAAGUGGGCCGAUUACUACGAGGCGGAUGGUGAAAAGGCUGUUCGCAAUGUCAUCAGUCUGGAAGUCUCUUCUACCAAACUUGGUAGACUGCUGAGAAGACCCAAAGUGGUGAGAGACAUCGAUCUGCAAGACUCGGUAUGGCCCGAUGAGGAGACAUUCAAAGGCAACUAUCCCAAGGUACAAUUCUACUGCCUGAUGUCAGUCGCCGACAGCUUCACCGAUUUCCACAUCGAUUUUGGAGGUUCAUCUGUCUACUAUCACAUCUUGCGUGGCAAGAAGACGUUCUUCUUCAUCCCCCCAAAGCCUGGCCAUCUCAAAAAGUACGAGGACUGGAAUAACUCGCAUGAGCAGAACUUCACGUGGCUACCGGAUGCAACCAAAGAGUGUUACAGGGUUGACCUUUCCGCUGGAGACACCAUGCUCAUUCCUUCCGGUUGGAUCCACGCUGUAUGGACUCCAGAGAACAGUUUGGUUAUCGGAGGCAACUUCUUGACUCGCAUGCACUACUCAACCCAGUUCCGCAUUGUCGACAUUGAGAAGGCGAUCAAGACUCCGCAGAAAUUCAGAUAUCCACAUUUCCAGAAGGUCAUGUGGUAUACCGUCAUCAAGUAUCUUGAGACGGACCCUAUACCCGCCGAGGUCGCCCAGGUCUUCUAUAAGGGCGCAAGAUUUGUUCGUGAGCGACCUUUGUGGGAAGAGUUCGAUCAGCAUGGAAAGCUGUCGAGCUGUGCUCCUGGUAGCGCGUACUAUAAUUGUCGCUACUACUCACAGGCGGAGCUCGACGGACUGCCUGACUUGAUCAAUUUCAUCUUCCGGACUGUCAUGAUCGCACUCGGUCGCAUAGAAGGCGUUACCGAGGAUACGCGCAAGAAGGUGACAAGGUCUAUACCAAAGUCGCGUGGCGAGCCCCUUGAGCUUGCCAGGACAUUCGCACUCUGGGUCGCAUGGAAGCGUGGUAAUGAGGAUCCACCAGCCUGGGCACAUCCAGAGGCUGAUCUCCCUGACAAAGAGAGUGCUGCUCCAAAGAAGCUCAGUGCGCGAGCGCUGAAAGCAAUGCAGAGACAAGAAGCAUUCGAGGCCUACAGAUCCGCUCCCGAGAGACAAUCUGCUCGUCAGCAUGUGUCUAGGGAGCCUGAAUCCAUCGCUGCUACAUCACCUGGACCUCCUAUGCCUCCUAUGCCAGCCUCUCAAACGCAAACUACACCUGGCCCUAACGGUCAGCAUACAAGCACCCCUAAGACAUCAGUGCUUGGCCCUAAGAGGGUCGCAUGUGAUGCGUGUAGGAAGCGGCGGAUAAAGUGCAAACACAAGGACGUUGUUACAACGAGCACACCGUUUGGUCAGCCAGCUGUGUUGUUCCAAUCCACCCCCUCUCUUGAUGGUACUGGUGACGCCACCCCCUUCGAUCUCCAGAGGAGAGAUUCCCGUGACUUCUUUGCCGCGAACACCGUGAGUCCCAUCAAGAUGCCUGAGCAAACAUUGCCAACCACCGCGUUUGCACAGUCUCUACCAACCACCGAGCAGAGCAUGCCAAUCAUGAACGCCCAUAGCUUGCAGAACGGACAGGCUAGCCACAUGGCUGGUGUAGCCCCUAUGGCGCACAUGACUUUGACAGAUGCUAAUGGUCCUGCUUUGAUACCUGGAAAUGCACUAUUGGCCGACCCGAACAGCAAGCGUGGAAGAAGCAAGGCGUGUCUCGACUGCCGAAAGAGCAAGCGUCGAUGCAUUCAUGACGAGAACGGCAAGAUCGAUCCUGUGAAGGCCGAACAGACUCCUGUGCCCCGUGGCUCGGUGGUUUCCAAGAAGAGAAGGAACAGUGGAGACUUGGAAAGUCCCAUCAAGAAGUCAAAGCAAGCCAGACCUUCGCAGACCGCUCCCAUGAUGCCAUUCUCAAUGGAGACAGCCUAUCAACCCAAUAUGGUGUCGCCGCAACAGUACAAGCAGUAUCCGUACGCUGCUGAGGCCAACAUCCCACACUGGCAGCACGCCUCGUACAUGUAUCCAGAUCCUGCCUCGACAGGCGGCAACGUCGUACUCCACGGCGGACCAUACCAUCAGCAAACUGAUCUGAACGGAGCUUAUAACGCGCAGUCAUUAGAACAGUUGGCGAACGAAGUCCUUGACUCUAGAUACGUCAACGAUGGAGAUUAUACCGUACCGCAGCCCAAUGGCGACAGUGUGCUUCACCCUGCGCUACAGCAACAAGCCUCUGUCUCAAGCCAGAACUCAGCAUACCGACAAGAGACUUCUCCAUUACUAGCGAAGGCACAACCUCACAACUACUUGGCCAACGGCAUUGAUCAUGCCAACAAUAUCGCUGACGCUAGCAACCCCGAACAUCGACCAAGCUCAUCAGGCGGGCCGGUACAGCCCCAUACGACUGACCCAUUAGCACCAAGUUCGUACAACGAGACUGUAGCCAUGCAAGAGGUUCGAGGAUCGGAGCAAACUCCUUCUUCGAAUGGCGACGUAGCUCAUCUUCAGCCUGUUCAAUCAGUGUCAGGGAACAUGGAUCCAAUCACGGAAGCUUCUUCGAUCCCUGCCAAAGGGUCAAUGUCGUCACCCGAAAAGACUGCGGCUUCACUAGCUGUAGCACCCAUGACAGACUCCACGAAUUCAGCGUCACUCGUUUAGUGUCAGCACAGAACAACCCAUUUAUCGUAUGCAGAGGUCCGUUAGCAAGACACCUGUGCC